AUGGGAAUGAGAUAUCGUGGGGCGCCGCCGGAAACCCAGGUCCUGGUGGAUGGAGUCCGCAUCCACGUCGAGCCCACGAUCAAAUAUCUGGGCCUGACGUUGGACAGCCGAUGGGACCUCGGGGUUCAUUUUAAAGAGGUGGCCCCCCGGGUGCGCAGGGCAGGCCUGAAGGUGACCAGUCUGAUGUGCGCCCAAGGGGGGCCCAAGCUGGAGGGCUCGCCCCCUAUACGUGGGUGCGGUGCUCUCGAUGGUCCUUUAUGGGGCACCCAUCUGGGCGCCCCAACUCAUGGCCACCAGCCAAGAGUGACGCAUUCUCUUUUGGAGAGUGCGGAAGCUCCGCGAGGAGGGGAGCUAACGGCCAGGGGAUUGAAGGCUCUGAAGUCCCAGGCCAGAGCCUGGCUCCUGGGGAAGUGGUCGGACAUGUUGUCCGAUCCCCGGGAGUUCGGGCUCCGAACGGCCGAGGCUGUCCGCCCCUGCCUACCUGAGAUGGUAGGCAGGGUGGGAUGUGGACUCACCUUCCAUCUGGUGCAGGUGUUGACCGGGCAUAGAGGCUUCAGUCGGUACCUGCACCGGAUCAGUAAGGAAUCCAUCACCCGAUGCCACCACUGCCCGGAGCUGGAGAACACGGUGGAGAACACACUGACAGAGUGUCAGCCGUGGGCUCUGCAACGACAUGUCCUCGCCCGGGCGGUGGGGUGCAGAGAAAGGGAGCACUCACUACCACGAAUGGUCAAGGCCAUGUGCGGGAGCGAGGAGACUUGGGUGGCGGCGGCCUCCUUCUGCGAGGACGUGAUGUUAUUAUGCUUUCCUAAUAUCAAAACUCAAAAACUAGGAAAACUGAGUUUCUCCGAUUUUUCGGUUUGUAUCAGGAGAAUAUAA